UAAUGGCAGAAGGAGGCUAAGUCUCUGGAAGGAAGAGAAACAGAUUCUAUCUGAGGGACAGGACUGAGCUGUUGGUUCAGGAUUCAUGACUUUACAAAGGUGGAAAAAUCUUCUGCUGCAGAUAAAAGAAGUUUACGAAGGGAAGGCUUUGAUUAUUUGUUGCUGCUACUUGAUUGCACACCUGGGGACUGUUAAAAUAAAUCCUUCCUUGCAGAGACAUCAUUGCAGCUGGAACAUUUUCUUUUUGGUCUUUACAGCAAAUUGAUCCUGACAGCAGGUAAAGUGAAUAGUAUGAAGGAGUUCCACUGAUAGAAGUAAGGACAAAUAGAAGAAAUGCGGACUGACUGACUGGUGAGGACUUGGGAGUCAAACUUGCCAGGAAGCAAAGGGAUAUAAGGACACAGAGACAAGUGAUAUCAUCUUGGUUCAGGUGCAGCAGGACUGUGCUAUGAUCGUCCCUGUGGUGGCUUUGCUGUUGCUCCUGUUGCUCUCUGGACCCUCUCUCCAGGGAGACACUCAGGAAUUUGGGAACGGUGAUGACAUACUAGAGAGAGAGUUUAUCUAUGCACCCAAACGGCAGAAACGUGCUGUGGUCGACCACAGUGCUACCCAAACAGACAAAUGCUCCUAUACCUUCAUUGUCCCUCAGCAGAAAAACAACGGGGCCAUCUGUGUGAACUCCAAAGAGCCCGAGGCCCUGCUGGAGAAUCGGGUUAAUAAGCAGGAGCUGGAGCUGCUUAACAGUGAGCUGCAGAAGCAACGACGGCAGAUUGAAGCAUUGCAGCAGUUGGUAGAGGUAGAUGGAGGUGUGGUCAAUGAAGUCAAACUACUGCGCAAAGAGAGUCGCAAUAUGAAUUCCAGAGUCACACAGCUCUACAUGCAGCUGCUGCACGAGAUUAUCCGCAAACGAGACAAUGCUUUAGAAGUAUCGCAGCUGGAGACUCGUGUGCUCAACCACACUAAUGAGAUGGGGAGGCUAAUUGUACGCUACCGUGACUUAGAACAUAAGUACCAGCAUCUGUCAGCCCUUGCAAGCAACCAGAGUGCUCUCCUCGUGCAGCUGGAGGAACACUGUAAGCGGGGAGGAUACUCGUACAGUGUGGUGCAGGAAAGGAGUCGUCCUGUCUAUCCACAGCGUCCAGUGAUCCCCCCGCCGUCUCUGCAAAGGCCUGUAUUGUCUCCCGGAGGCUACAGACCCUUCCAUCCACCUACCUACACCCGUCACACCAGCAACCCCAUGACUAAUGAGAUACAGAGUGACCAAAACUCCAAAGCAUUACCACCUCCACUGGCCACAAUGCCAAGUGCUACAUAUAGCUUCACAAACAAGCCCUCUGAUCCUGCAGGCCCUUUCAAAGACUGUCUAGAGGCUCUGGAGGGCGGAUACACCAACAGCAACAUGUACCUCCUGAAACCUGACAACAGCAACCGCCUCAUGCAGGUUUGGUGUGACCAGAGGCAUGACCCUGGUGGAUGGACUGUCAUUCAGAGACGUCAGGAUGGCUCUGUCAACUUCUUUAGGAACUGGGAGACGUACAAGCAAGGAUUUGGAAACAUUGAUGGUGAAUACUGGUUAGGACUAGAGAACAUCUACUGGCUGACCAACCAGGGCAACUACAAGCUGUUGGUGACCCUGGAAGACUGGACCGGUCGCAAGACCUUUGCAGAGUAUGCCAGUUUCCGCAUUGAGUCUGAGGCCGACUCCUACAGGCUACGAGUGGGCAGAUACCACGGCAAUGCUGGAGACUCUCUAACUUGGCACAACGGCAAGCAGUUUACCACACUGGACAGAGAUCAUGAUGUCUACGCAGGAAACUGUGCGCACUACCAGAAGGGAGGAUGGUGGUACAAUGCCUGUGCUCACUCCAACCUAAACGGUGUAUGGUACCGUGGUGGGCAUUACCGCAGUCGUUACCAGGAUGGGGUCUACUGGGCGGAGUUCAGAGGAGGAGCUUAUUCUCUGAAGAAAGUGACUAUGAUGAUACGACCCAGUGCAAACACCUUACAUUAACACCACAUUCAAUCAAAACUGAACAGAUUUUAGUGGACAAUAAAUUCCACCUACGGGCUUUCAUUUCUAUAUCACAACAACAGGCAUAUUUGAUCGGAAUUUUAUACUUCACUUGUUCUGUUUUUUCUUUACUAUAUAUUCAUAAUGCAAGACUCAUGCAGUGACACAGCAGAAUCCAAGCAGAAUCUCCUCCUACUGGUACCUUUUAUGCAUAUCUUGUUUGAAUUGGAGCUAGAACAAUGACAAGGAAUUUUGGCGCAGAAAAUAAAAUUGGACAUUGAAAACAAAACAUGAACUGAAAAUGCAAACACUGGCAUUGAAACACUAGUAUCUGAAAAGGUUGCACUGGCACUGAUAUAAUAAUACAAAAAAAUUCAAAUGAAAAGUAAAAUUAAGACACUGAAAAUUAUUUCAUUUUAUUCUAAUAUAUUUUCUAAUAAUAUUUUGAUGAGUUUUGAGGGCAAUCUCAUAUACAGAUUUCAUAAUUUCACCUGAAACUCCCAAGUUUGUUGGACAAGCUUAAUGUUUUUAUUCAAUUCUUUUUUUAGUUCAUGUCUUGUUUCCAAUGUUUAAUUUUAUUUUCAGUGCCAAAACUCACUGGCACUGUUCUAACCCCAUAGUUUACGUAUGUAUAACGAAUAUUGGGAGCAAUUAUACAUGAGAGAAAUCUGGCUAUUUAUUUUGAUACAUAUUUCUACUAUAGGUUUCAGUAAACCUGCAAUUUUUCAGGAUGAUUUCCUUUCCAAGUCUCUUGCCUCUUAAUAUUUUGAUUUGAAAUAGGCUGAAGAAAAUCGGUUAAAGGCCUUCAGAACACACAGUAUGUGAACAAAAUAGUUCAAAAUCCAAAAAAAGCUCAACAGGAAGUUGCAGGAACUGCAUACAGAACGCUGCAUUACUGUGUAACUGAGUACACUAUGAAUGAUCCUUGAACUAAACUGCAUAUGUGGAAUGUAAUAAAUCUAUAAUCUUUGUUUUGUCUAUGAAGCCUGUCUUUGCUUCCACUAAUGGUGCAGAAACAGCCCAUUUGAGACAAUCCUCAUUACAUGGUCAUCAACAGUUGAUGUGACUACCAUUAUAUUAUCUUAAAUGACAGUUAUGAAAUUUCUGAAGAAUGAUGACUGGAGUGCACUACAACUCACUGACUUUACAUUUAACCUUUCUAAGAUUUCAAAGGCAUCCAGGUUUCAAAAGGACCUUUAUCUUCCUGGCAUUUUAUUAGAUAAUAUUUGUUUCAAGUUUACAAUUUUGCUCUUAUAUGAUUACCUUUGAUUAGUAAGCUGGAGUUGAGACAUAGCUACCCUAGUUUUGCGUAAAGAAGUUUAAACAAGAAUGACUCUGUCCAAAGUUGAGAAACACACCUACCAGCACCUAUAAAGCCUUCUGUAUGAAGCUCAUACAUUAACAUGUAUCUUUUUGUAGUGCACAUAAAUAUAAUUGUAAAUUUGCAGUUUGUAGUUUUAGCGGGAAAAACCUGUCGAAACCAUUUCUUGGCAAUCAACACUGGAGUGUAGGAACUUUGUGUUGCAUCAUAAAGUGUUUUAAUGAUAGUGAGGUCACCAGGUUUGGUACCACUGUGCCUGUACAGAAAAAAACCUGUGAUCACUGACUGCUUCUUGCAACCCAAGCUAUAGCCAGGGCACAGAGGCACAGAAUGGUUUUUGAGCCUAGUAUUUCCUCCAAAAAACCAUAAAUAUUAUGUUUUUACAAUUCUACGGAUACCUCAAAUUUAUCAAAAGGCUUUAUUGCGCCUCACCAUUCUGUAAAAAAGCUAUGAAGAUGGAAUGGGACGUCAUUGUUGUUCCACCUUUGAAGCCAGGAAGGAGGUAGAAACAGCUUCUGAAUUUACGUCCGUGGAAAAACAGUGAGCCACAAGCCAGCAGGAUAGGACUGAGGUUGGACGUUUAGUUGAUGUGUUACGGGAGAUUUUGAAAGGCUCUAAUUCAAAGAAGAACAGCAAGUGAAAGUGUCUGCAAAUAGAGGAGACAAUGCUUUCAGUGUGGAAAAAAAAAAAACAAAGGCAGUUAAGAGAAAGGUCUUCUUUAUAGUGGUAUUGCAAGAUCUCAGUGUAAAAAAGGCUUCAGCGAGCUUUAGAGGUGCUGGUAGGUGUAUUCAUAAACCUCGGACUGAGGCGGGCCAACUCUUUCUACUCAUUUCUAAUCUUUAUGCCAAGUUAGACUAAGAACUUCCUGACUCCAGUUCAGUAUUUUUUGUGUUAUUCUUUAGAAUUAUCAGUUACUCAAAGUAAUCUACCACAUCUGUAUAAUAGGGACACUGUGAUUUAAAUCAAAACCUUCAAAUGACAGGUGACAAAGACAGAAUUUACAAAAACAUUUAACAGUGAAGCAAUAAAACAGUACAGAAAGAGGAGUCAACUCAGUUAUUCCCUCUGCUUUCCAAAGGUUUCCGGGCCUGUUGAUCAGUCACUGUAUUAGUGUGCAUAUACAGUACGUACCAGGUACUCUGUGUAUAUAUAUGCUGUUUUGUUAAGAUUAUUUAUAGUCUUUAUGUUAUCAAUCUUGCAAUAAACCAUGUCCAGCCCUG